GGCCGGUGCUGCCGCCCACGCCACUGGCGGCCGCGGGCAACAGCGGCUCGGGUGCCGUACAGGCGGUGUCGCGGAAGGUGUACCGGCAGCUGAGACGCGCCUUCUCGCAGUGGCCUCCAAGCUCCCCCACCUCCCUCACGCCGCUCAUUUCCCUCUGGCUUUCCGUCAUCGCCCCCUGGUGCCCGCUCUUCGCGCACACGCGCAAAACGGCAAUCGCUGACGUCUCCGGGGGCCACGGUGCCAGCGGCGCCGCCACCUCUCACCCCGCCAACGGAGCCUCUGGCGGCGCCGGCGGCGGCGGUGCUAACGGCAUCGGCAGCGGCUCCCUCGGCUCCGGCCACCACCACCACCAUCCGCACCUCAACCUGCAGCAUGCGCUGGACGCCGCCGGGCCGCUGGGUACGGCAGCGGCGGCGGCGGCGGGAGUGAUGGAGGCCACUGCCGCCAAGCUGCACUUUGGAAGCGGGGGCGGCAGGGAGCGGGAUCUGACGGGGGCCACGUCCCGGGAGCUGCUGUCACAGUACACCUACACCCCUGCCUGGCGGAGUCACGUGCUAGCGCACCUGCCCUUCUACUUGCAGCUGAUUCCGCAGUUCGUAUCGCUCUCGCUGUCUCGCCUCAAGUACCGUCCUGACGUGGCGCUCCGGGAUCUGGAUCGCGUGCUUGCCGUACUGGCGGCGGCGGGGCCGGAGCUGCUGCGGGAGCUGAGGGUGGCGGAGGUGUCGUACAAUGCGUUUGCCCGGCCGGCGGCGGCGGGCGGGCGGCGGCGCAGCGAGGGGGAGAUGGGGGAACUGGCGCCCUGGUGGCUAGAGCAGGUCCAGGACUUUGAGGCGGCCGCUGCCUCCGGCUCCUCGUCCCCCGGCGCCGUACAGCCUGACGUGGCGGGCCGGCUGUUCACCACCGACUCCUCGGGCGCCGCCUAUAUGACCUGCCUGCUGCUGAGGAGCGCAGAGACGCUGGGCCAGCCGGAGCUGGUUGCCGCGUUGCGCCAGUCGGCCAGCGCGGUGCUGCCGCUGGAGGCCAUCCUGCCGGCAGCGGUGGCAGAGCAGCCGCGGCAGCAGGAGGGCGCGUUCGGGGCAGCCGGCGCCAGCCGCUUCCCGAGAGCAGGCCGCUGGAGCUCCCUGUGGCCCUCCCUGGUGCAGCAGGACCCGCGCCUCGCCGACCCGCGCCGGCUCUGGCUGCAUGUCUACCGCAGCGGCGGGGGCCCCGGCGGGCGGCAGCACGACCCGCUGCUGCGCCCCAUCGCAUCCAACGAGGUGUCCUUCCUGGUGCGGCCGCUGGUGCGCGCCUCGGCACGGGUGAAUGCGGCGCUGGGGCUGGAUGUGCCGUACAGGCCGGGCGAGGAAGAGGAGGAGCCGCCGGAGCACCUGGGGCAGUUGGCGCUGCUGUGGGCGAGGAAGCGGGGGUACAGGGUGAACCUGCGUAUCUUUGCGGAGAUCCAAACGCUGGUGUGGCUGCUGCUGCUGGUGCUGCUGGGGUACGGCAUGAUGCGCGUGCUGGCGGCAACGGGAGGGGCGGCAACG